ACGACGUUUCAGUCCUUUGCCGGUGUCAUUGUGGAUGCAAUACAACGGCAAGACUUGAUCAUUAUUUAUUGAUGUUAUAUUUUGUAAUUUAUUUUCAGGAUUAACUGUAUUCUCUACUUGAAUUUUUAUUCGGGAUAUAUUUAGCGGCGAUACAGCUCGCUAGUUAUAUUUAAAAUACAGAUCCGCGGACUUAGCCCUCGCGUUAGCACGCUAGCUGGAUGAAAAGCGAUAUCUCUUGUUUAUACAGCGUGGAUCCAUAGCACUGUCACCGGAGACGUACAACGCCGAAACGCCAAGGCAAAUUGGAAUAAUUGGACAUAUCUUUUAGGAUUUUACUCGGGGAAAAAGGAAUGCUGCUCUCCAAGCUUAACUCUUUUGCUCACAUCUCAACCGUGGAUAUGCCGGCGAAAAUCCAGCUUCAAGUUCAACAAGUGAAAGAGAGGGAACCGUUCGAGAAAGUUUACCAGGUCGGCGCUGUGUUGGGCAGCGGCGGGUUCGGCACGGUGUAUGCUGGUCUGAGGAUUGCUGACGGAGCGCCGGUUGCCAUCAAACAUGUGGCGAAGGACCGGGUGUCCGACUGGGGAGAACUGCCGAACGGUUCUCGUGUUCCCAUGGAGGUUUUGCUCCUGAAGAAGGUUGGCACGGGUUUUCGGGGUGUGAUCAAGAUGCUGGACUGGUACGAGCGCUCAGAUAGCUUCAUCAUAGUCAUGGAAAGGCCAGAGCACGUCAAGGACUUAUUCGAUUUCAUCACGGAGAAGGGCGCCUUGCCGGAGGAGCUGGCCAGGAACUUUUUCCGUCAGGUUCUGGAAGCGGUUCGGCACUGUCACAACUGCGGCGUGGUGCACAGAGACAUCAAAGACGAGAACAUUUUAAUCGAUCUGCGAACGGGCGAGAUGAAGCUGAUUGACUUCGGAUCCGGGGCGCUGCUCAAAGACACUGUAUACACCGAUUUUGACGGCACUCGAGUGUACAGCCCACCGGAGUGGAUCAAGUACCACCGGUACCACGGGCGGUCCGCGACGGUGUGGUCGCUGGGCGUGCUGCUCUACGACAUGGUGUGCGGAGACAUCCCCUUCGAGCAGGACGAGGAGAUCCUGAGGGGCCAGGUGCUGUUCCGCAGGAGAAUCUCCACAGAGUGCCAGCAGCUGAUCAAACUGUGCCUGUCCCAGCGGCCGGCCGAGAGGCCGUCCUUCGAGGACAUCAUCAAUCACGCCUGGAUGCAGGACGCGUCGGCCCCCGCGGAGUCCACCGAAAUCCGGCUGCACAGCCUGAGCCACGAGCCGUCCGCCUUCCCCGCGUCCAGCAGCUAACCGCGCGCACACACACGCAAGCACGCGCGCCCGUGCCGGCACAGCCGGGAGCCCGAGCAGGAAGCGCCGGGCCCAGCACCUCCCCCCACUGAUGACAGGCACCACGCAACCCUUUUUAUUUUAGUUUUUACACAUUUUUUUAACUUUUUUUUUUUUUUGCACGAAGGCCUGAAUUCAGUGACAUUGCCGCGGCGGGGUCGCGGUUCGGCGGUAAAGCCACCGGCCGCAGGCCCGGUAACCCCGUGGGGGUCCCAAUCGCGGCGUGAGCCUGGGCGCCACGGUGGUCGCCGGGCGGGGCAGCGCGGGGGCGGGGCAGGGGGCGACCCGUCGCCUUUUUCUCCUUUUUUGUCCUUCUGGCUGAAGAGGAGCCGUCCCCCGCAGUGACUGCAGGGACCUCGUCUCCCUCUCCUCCACGCGGGCACGCUGUCACAUGAUGCAGAAUGGACCAAUCCCAGCCGUGAGCCGCUGAGUCUGCACCGCCCACACAGACAGCCUGAGCUGUCCCCCCCCCCCGCCACGGCUAUCCGCCCCGCCCCCCCCACCGGCGUCGGGGCUCGGAGAGAGAACUCAGAGAAGAGAAAACACACGUCACGUUCUAGCACCGGACAUUUCUCCUGCGUCUAUACUAGUGCCUUCCAUGUGAGUUGCAUCGUCGGGGACUGAGGAAAAUACUUGAAUUUUGAAAAGGAGAAGAAGAAAAACAGGAAAAAACAAAAAGAUUGCUGUUCUGUAAUCGCUGACAUCACUCUGUUCCUUAACCGGACUUUUCUUUAGGCUUCCGUCUCACUAACUGGCCCCCGGGGGCAACCUCUGCCCCCCCCCGGCCUUACACACGCGUCGUCAAUAGCAACCGGAAUAACCUCCUGACGAAAUUGUGCAAACUCCAACUGAAAUACUUACCUCACGCUGGCGGCCAUCUUGGCCUCACCUCUCCACCCCUCGUUUCCAUAGCUACCACUCACGUAGUCGUGAAUGCACACAGCAAUGCAACCACAAUAACAGAAUAACUACAUUCGUGUUCUAAAGUAUGUUCUUUUUGUUAAUUUUUGUACAUAUGUACAUUUAUUUGUCAUACUAUAAAAUUCCGAGAUGGAACGGUUGUAAAGAUAUUUAUUUGUCUGACUUUUUGCGCUCAUACAAAAGCAAUGUGGGAUUAUUUAUUUAUUUAAAGAGAAAUAAUUUUUUGUCAGCAGUUUAUUUCAUUCCACACUGUUAUUGAAGGGCCCACAGAUUAUUUAAAUCUAUUUUUAACCAUAUUUAUGGCUUAAUUUUUUAAAAGACAAUUUAUGUGUGUAAAUAACCUUCAAAGCACUUCUGUUUCAAUGCAUGGUGUAUUGAAUGUCUACUGAAAUGGUAAAGAAAACUUGUUUUUUGUUUACCUAUUUUUAAAAGAAAAUGUCUGCUGUGCAUUUGUAUGGGUUGCGAAUGUCCCCUUGUAAAUACUGUGUUCACUAGCAGUUGCAUGAUUGCAGCUUGGAUUUUUUUUUUUCAUUCAUUUGAAUUGGAUUAGAAUUGUAAAUGAAUCCUAGAAUCAAAAUUAUUUUUUUAUACAAUUUCAAUAAAUAUUUUUUUUAGCCUUAA